AUGUCUAUGAUAAUUGCUCAAACUCCUAAAACUUAUUUCGGUUCUGACAUUCAAAAAUCAUUAAGUUCUCUUCCUGGAUUUCCAUGCGCAAAAUAUCCUGGAGAAAAACAUCUUCCCGGUCAUAAUUACACUGGUCCAGGUACAAGGUUAGAUCUACGAUUAGACGAAAACGAUAAACCAAAACCAGAUAAAGUAAACACCACAUCACCUCCAACAUAUGAAUUAAUCGAUCAAGACAAAGAAGAAAUAGGUUCUAUCAAAACGAACUUUCAACUUAUGAGAUGGGCGAAUGAGUUAAAUAUAUCACCGUUUUAUUAUUGUAUGAGAGAUGAAAUAAAUGAUCUCAAGGAUAAGAAAGCAUGGAUAAAUAAAGCAAAACCUUAUUUUGUGGAACAAAUUGGAGACAUGCUUCAAGGUGAUUUAGAUAUGAAUAAUUUUACCAUAACUACUUUAAAGUUACCAGAAAAUGAUUAUGAUGCUGUUCACAAGAAAUAUUUAAUGGAUCAAUUAAAUUUAAUUAAUAAAGAUUUUAUUGAUGAUACUAAAUUACAAGAAGAAAUUACAAAACAAAAAGUAGAUCUUAAACAACUAAUAGCCAAUAUUAAUCCAGGUAUAAGUGAAGACAAAUGGCAACAGGAAUCAACUGCUCUAGAAACUAAAUUUAAAACUGAAUUACAAAAAGAACUAACAAAUAUUAAACAACAGAUAGAAAAUAUUGAUUAUAGUGAGCAGAUAACUAAUAUUAAUAAUGAAGUUUUAAAACAGGAAAAAAAUAUAACCACAUUAGAAAACAAACUCAAAGAAAAUAAAAAAUCAUAUUAUUUCAAUCUUCCAGCUUUGGCUGUGAGAAAUACUGAACGCAUUCCUACAGGUGAAACAAAAUAUCAGUUGGAAGGAUAUGUUUAUAUUAAAAAUAAAAAAGUAUUUUCAUAUAUAAGUGGAAACAUUAAAAACAUAUUUGAUGAUUCGGGAAAGUUUAUUUUCCGAGGUAAAGCUUUAAUUGAAAUUCUUUUUCCUGUAAAAGUUAAAAUCGAUUCAAUCUUCUUCUCUCAUCCAUCUCACUAUUUAAACGCUCGUAAGAUUUUCGAAUUUAUCAAAGAUGGUGAAUAUGUUGAAAAUAAAGAAUUGGAAGUUUACGAUGAAAACAACAAGCCUAAUCACAUGUAUGAAAUUAAAACAAAUAGAAAAUAUUUAGACAUCUUUAGAAUGUCAAUAAUAUUAGACAAUGACAACGAUGUUCUUUCAAUAGGUGAUUUUGAUAUGAUAUUAGAGACGGAAAGCUCACCAUCGAUAAACAUUAUUAGAAAUCCAACUCCACAAGAAACAGAUACAAUAAAGAGUUAUACGUUUUGA